UAGACAUUUUCGCUAUUGCUAGUUGCCCAUGGCCUCCGACUCGAGGCUAUCCAGCAUCUUCUUGCUGUGACAUCAUUACGUAUACGGCGGGAGAAACAACGUCACUGUGUUCAGAGAAAUAGCCAUGUGAUGGGAGGAGUUAGAAGAAGGCUAAAAUAGAAGUGGGAGGAUCUAGAGCCAGAGAGAAAUCAGUGGGCAACAACCAUAGACAGUAAAAGAACAACUAACGGCAGCAGGUCCAUGACAAGAAGAAUGCCAUUUCCCCCUUCAACAAAUAGAGAAGUUGACAUAUCAGUGAGAGAGAGAGAGGAAGAAAGAGAUGCUGCAGCUGUGUAAGGUCACAGACUCCCUGCUCAUCAGCAACGCACGAUCAGCAUGCAGUCCUGAGCUAAUCCAGCAGGAGGCAGUCACCCUCUGCAUCAACGUCUCUAAGCAGCAGCCCUUCCCCACUGGCCGUGCCAACACGCUCCGGAUCCCUGUUUAUGAUGACCCCAAUGAGGACCUCUACCAGCACUUUGAUCACUGUGCGGAUGCCAUAGCCAAGGAAGCCAAACGGGGCGGACACAGCGUUGUGUACUGUAAGAAUGGCCGCAGCCGCUCUGCAACCAUCUGUGUGGCAUACCUAAUGAAGCAUCAGGGCCUGUCCUUAACAGAGGCCUUUCAGACUGUGAAAAAUGCCCGUUCAGUGGUGGAGCCAAACCCAGGUUUCUGGACUCAGCUGGAGAAAUACGAGCAGGAACUGAAAACCAGACCAUUGCAAAUACAUAAACCCAAGCACUUCCUCCAACUGUCUGCUGAGCGAAUGCUUCCAUGGAGGAGACACUCAUCACAGCAUAAAUUCAGUGGAACCUAGUGGUUUGUGUAAUUUAAUUUCAUUAUGUCAUUAUCUUUUGUUGCAUCUUUUGAGGUAGAUUGCAUCUGAAUGACGAACGGCCUACAGUAAAAUGAGUCAUCACAUAUCCUAAAAAAGAAAUUACUUAAUGCAAUUUCACCUUUGCUUUGAGGUUUGUUUAUAAACAGUCAAGAUGUGCCUGAGGUUUGUAGAUUCAUCAUUUAAAAACUCAGUGUUAAGAAGAAAGUUUCAGUGGCAUCAGUUUAUCAACGCUAUGAAGUUGUAAACUGACGCCUGCAGUUUCAAAUACAGUAGAGAGACUGGCAUAACAAUACCAGCCUACAUUACGAACGAAUCAGAGACAAAAGUAUACUAUAUGCUGCCCAACAAUAGUGCAUGCAUCUGUGUAAAUGUAUGAAUGACUUUCGGUCAAGUUGGAAAGAAAUCGACAGAUUCGAACAAAGUAGGCUAUGGGAUUAUGACUUCAAAUUAAAUCAAAUUAAAACUGAAGAUGCAUAGGCUCAUUCCUGCGGUAUCUGCAUAAGCACCAAAUGCCAUACUGUAAUGUUCACCACAAUGUUCUGCAUGCAUUUAGAAUCGGCCUACUGCCGACAUCGAGUAAUUUGGCGUUUCACCCUGUAAUGGCACUCGACAGCCCUUGGGAGCACAUGCUUUAAAGGUGCACUAUGAGAUCUUGCAUGGUUUUUAGAGCAAUUUGAU